AUGUCGGCACUCUCAGCCUCUGGCCCACCAGAAUGGCAGAACACGAUCCGCGCAAGACUCCUGAGCGCGCAGCACGCCGGCGAGCCGCUCCGCGACGUUAUCGAGCAGUGCGAGCUUCUCUCGUCGCUCGACUCGCAGAUCAACCAGCUGAGAUCCGAGAUGCAGACGCUGUACCGCACCCAAGCGGCCGCACAGAACAAGCAGCUCGCAAUGGCCGACGCGCUGCGCGAUAGAGACGAGGAGGUGCGCGGCCUGCGAGAGGAGGUACGCGAGCUCCGGGAUGCGCGGGAUUCGGGCGCCCGGAGGGAGCGUAACUUGGAAGAGCGGUACAAGAUGAGGGAAGAGGACGUCAAGAUCCUCCACGACGAGAUCCUCGCGUACCAGAUUGAAAUCUCGGGCCUUGGGCAGCGCAACUCUGCGCUGCAAGCCGACAACGCGUCGCUCCUCCAGCGGUGGCUGGACAAGAUGAACCUGACGGCCGAGGAGAUGAACAGCGAGUUUGAGCGCGAGAGCUCUACGCUGCGCGCGACACCCAGCCCGACCAAGGACGAGGGGGAUUUUCGCGCCGGCGGGAAGGCGUAG